ACCUACUUCUCCCAACAUCUAACGUCUUUUGCAAAACGCAUUCACCAUGGCCUCACCCGCUCCUCAAGUGCAAAUAAUAGACAAAUUGGACCACACAAAGCAAUAUAUAGUCACUCUCCAUGAUGCGUAUCCUCUACCCCCUUUAGCGAAGGGCAAUAUUCGCAUUCGCAGUCGUAUUAUCUCCCUCACUCUUAAUAACUUCACCUAUGCCCAGCUGGGCCAUGUCCUGGGCUGGUGGAAUGUCUGGGCCGCAAUUCCAUCACUACCAGCGCCCUACGAUGACCCUUCCAAGUACGGUCGCAUCUCGGCUUGGGGCUACUGUGAGGUAACUGAGAGCGAGAACGACAAAAUCCCGGUCGGAACUCAGCUAUACGGCUACAUUCCCAUUGGAGACUAUCCAGAGACUCUUCAGGUGGUUGUUGACGACGAGACUGGUCAUAUUUUGGAAACUACUGAACGGAGAGCCGGCCUUAUGCAUAUAUAUAACCGCUAUCAGCCAUCUCCUCCAGGGGUGGACCCGUUAUCAGCAGACAGGUCAUCCGCGGCCUGGGACUCGGUUGCGCGAGCUCUGGGCGAGACCGGCUAUUUGCUAAACCGCUAUGCCUUUGGCUGGGACAAGACAAAGGUCGUCAAUCCAUCAGGCGCCUCAUUGCCAUGGAGCUCAGACGACGCAGAUCUAACAGACGCCGUGGUGAUAUUUUUCGGGGCAUCUGGCAAAACUGCACUGAGUCUCGCACACCAGCUCCGCCGAGCACGGCCCACCGAACACCAGCCUCGCAAGCUCGUGGCAGUUGGAUCGGCCAAAUCACGAGACUUCACUGAGGGGACUGGUCUGUUUAGCGAUGUGUUAUUGUACGAGGACCUUGCUAGUGGAACCGAUGCCAGCAUUGCCGCCAAACUGGGGAUAGAUGCCAACACCAAGGUGUUACUCGCCAACUUUAGUGGGCGAGGCACGGCUGACCAGGAGCUGCGUGCUGCCUUGACUCGCGUGUCCAAAAGCGUUGCCAUUCUUAUGGUGGGCGGCGAUCCGACGGGUAAUGGCUCUGGGCUGGGUAAUAUGCCGAGAAGCGUCCUUCAAUGCAGUGCUUCUCACCUGCGAGAUGCCGCCCUAGAGAUGGAUGGUGCAGCAGCAUUCUUUGAGAAUUCAGCUCGCGAAUGGAAUCGAUUCAAGGAGGACGUGGCGGCCAAAGCAAUGAAAUUGCAAUGGGGCAAAGGAUUAGAGGAAUAUUCACAAGGCUGGGAUGCGCUAUGUAAUGGGAGUGUCGACCCAACUCUUGGCUUGGUGUAUGAAAUUUAGGCCCGGAUUGUUGAUCGCGUAGACUGUAGUAUUGCUCACAAGAUGCAUCCUUGUAAGCUUACCCAAAGAUAGGGCCCACUCAAAAUUGAGGCAUAGAACUGUGUCUUUGUUGUACUGGAUUACGGCGCAAAACUACGUUUCAUAGAGCUGUUCACGAUGAGAAAUGAGAGCUUAACGUAUAAGGUUAAGCUGUUAAAGGGUCU